AUGGCCGAGCCGCUGCUUAGGAAGACCUUCUCCCGCCUUCGGGGCCGGGAGAAACUUCCCCGGAAAAAGUCGGACGCGAAGGAGCGCGGCCGACUAGCCCAGCACCCGGAGCCCAGUCCUCCAGAGCCCCAGGCCCCGGAAGGACCCCAGGCUGGAGCGGAGGGGCCCCCCAGCCCUGAGGCAUCUCGGAGCCCGGCUCACGGUGCCUACCUGCAGAGCCUGGAGCCCAGCAGCCGCCGCUGGGUGCUGGGCGGGGCCAAGCCACCAGAGGAGGCCACUCUGGGGCCGGGGCUGCCUGGCAGUGGGGAGCCAGCCGGUGAGAUCUGGUACAACCCCAUCCCAGAGGAGGACCCCAGACUCCCAGCACCGGAGCUCCCAGGCCCACAGCCAGGCUCAGCUGAAGGAGACAGCCCAGCCUCUCCAGGCACAGCCCCUGCCAGCCCCCCGACCAAAGCCUCCCGCACCAAGUCCCCUGGCCCAGCCCGGCGCCUCUCAAUGAAGAUGAAGAAGCUACCUGAGCUGCGGCGCCGACUGAGCCUGCGGAGCACCCGGACGAGCCGAGAGCGCGAGGGGGCCGCCCCCGAGGGCUCGGUCAUCAGUCGUUACCACCUGGACAGCAGCGUGGGGACCCCUGGGCGGACAGCAGUGGCUGAGGGCGCACGCGGCCUGCGGGCGGGUUACCUCAGUGACGGCGACUCUCCCGAGCGCCCCGCGGGGCCUCCGUUGCCCACUGCCUUCCGCCCCUACGAGGUGGGCCCCUCCGCCCAGACGCCCCCAGCUGCGCUCUGGGGCCGCCUCAGCCUGCACCUGUACGGGCUGGGGGGGCUGCGGCCGGCGCCAGGGGCCACUCCGCGAGACCUCUGCUGCCUGCUGCAGGUGGAUGGGGUGGCCCGGGCCCGAACCGGGCCGCUGCGUGGGGGGCCAGACUUCCUGCGGCUGGACCACACCUUUCACCUGGAACUCGAGGCAGCCCGGCUGCUGCGGGCCCUGGUGCUGGCCUGGGACCCUGGUGUCCGGCGGCACCGGCCCUGCGCCCAGGGCACUGUGCUGCUGCCCACGGUUUUCCAAGGGUGCCAGGCCCAACAGCUGGCCGUGCGCCUCGAGCCCCAAGGGCUGCUGUAUGCCAAGCUGACCCUGUCGGAACAAGAAUCACCCGGCACGGCUGAGCCCCGCGUCUUCGGGCUGCCCUUGCCCCUGCUGGUGGAGCGCGAGCAGUCCCCUGGCCAGGUGCCUCUCAUUAUUCAGAAGUGUGUUGGGCAGAUCGAGCGCCGAGGGCUGCGGGUAGUGGGGCUAUACCGUCUGUGCGGCUCAGCAGCCGUGAAGAAAGAACUUCGCGAUGCCUUUGAGCGAGACAGUGCAGCUGUCUGCCUCUCCGAGGACCUGUACCCCGAUAUCAAUGUCAUCACCGGCAUCCUCAAGGAUUAUCUUCGGGAGCUGCCUACCCCACUCAUCACCCAGCCCCUCUAUCAGGUGGUGCUGGAGGCCAUGGCCCGAGGGCCCCCAAGUAGGGCUCCGUCCAACACUGAGGGCACCCGUGAGCUCCUCAGCUGCCUGCCAGAUGUGGAGAGGGCUACAUUGACGCUUCUCCUGGACCACUUGCGCCUUGUCUCCUCCUUCCACGCCCACAACCGCAUGACUCCGCAGAACCUGGCCGUUUGCUUCGGUCCGGUGCUGCUGCCGGCGCGCCAGGCACCCGCCAGGCCCCGCAUCCGCAGCUCUGGCCCGGGUCUCUCGAACGCGGUGGACUUCAAGCGCCAUAUCGAGGUGCUGCACUACCUGCUGCAAGCCUGGCCAGAUCCUCGCAGGCCCCCAGAGCCUCCGGAGCUCGUCCCGUACCUGCGGCCCAAACGACAGCCGUCACUGCACUUGCCGCUAGCGAGCCCCGAAGUGGUGACUCGGCCCCGCGGCCGGGGCGGUCCCGAAAGCCCCCCGAGCAACCGCUACGCGGGUGACUGGAGCGUUUGCGGGCGGGACUUCCUGCCCUGUGGGCGGGACUUCCUCUCUGGGCCAGACUACGACCACGUGACGGGCAGCGACAGUGACGAUGAGGACGAGGCUGGCGAGCCGACUGGCGCCACGGAUUUCGGCGACGACUUCGAGGCGCCCUUCAACCCUCACCUGAACCUCAAAGACUUUGAUGCCCUCAUCCUGGACCUGGAGAGAGAGCUCUCCAAGCAGAUCAACGUGUGUCUCUGA